AUGCUGCGCGACAUCUCAGGCGGGCAAAGGAAGCGAGUCACCACACGCGUGUCCCUCGUGGGCCCCAAGCAAGUUCUCCUGAUGGACGAGAUCAGCACAGGGCUGGACUCCUCCACCACCUUCCUCAUCAUGCGCUGCCUGCGCCACCUCACGCACCUCCACGCCGCCACCACACUCAUGGCACUACUCCAGCCCGCCCCCGAGACCUACGAGCUCUUUGACGACGUGCUGCUACUUGCAGAAGGCCACGUGGUGUUCCAUGGGCCCAGGGAGCAGCUUUGCCACUCCUUUCAACUUUCUUUUUAUCCCCCUCCUCGUUUCUCAUCCUUCACCCCUCACACCAACCCCCACCUGGUGCCCUUCCCAAAAGAAAAGAGCCCUCCCAACGCCCCCGCCCACAAGCGCCACGCGCUGCCCACCUCGGAGAUGUUCCGCGCAAUCAUCCUCGUGGCGCUCGUCACCAUGACCGCCUUUUUCCGCACCACCCUCGACAUCUCCUUGCAAGACGACAACUAUUACCUCGGAGCCACGUUCUUCGGUGUGGUCAUGAUGCUCUUCAAUGGGUUCACGGAGCUCCCGCUAGUCAACUUCCGCCUGCCCAUCUUCUACCGCCAGAGGGACGCGUUUCUGUACCCCGCGUGGGCGUGGGCGGUGCCCUUAGAGCUACUCUCCAAGCCCUUCUCCGCCUGGGCCUCCAUAAUUUGGACUGCUUUCCCCUACUAUGGGAUUGGCUUUGCACCGAAACCAGGCAGAUUCUUCAUGCAGAUGCUGCUCUUCUUCCUCAUCCACCAGGUCUCCAUUUCUCUCUUCCGCCCCAUAGGAGCAGUGGGUCCCAACAUGGUGGUGUUCACGACCUUUGGCUCAUUCGCCGACAUCCUCUUUGUCGUCAUGGGCGCCGACAUCAGCAACGUGUGGAUCUGGGCGUAUUGGAUUUCGCCUCUCAUGUACGCGCAGAACGCCCUCGCUGUUAACGAGUUUCUCGCGCCCCGGAGGAACGUCGUGAGUGCUCCUGGGAUUCCUAUUCCCUCGGCUACGAGUGCUGGCACGUGGGUUCGCAUCUGUCCCCUCUUCCCCACCACGGCCACCAUGGGGCAGGUGUUUCUGGAGAGCCGCUCGAUCCCAAUGGAUGACAAGUGGGUUGGCAUUGGUGUGGCGGCACUCAUUGGAUACAUCCUGCUUUUCAACCUCCUCACUGUUGCCACGCUCGCUUAUCUUGAUCGUAAGCUUUCAACACCUUCUCUCCUUGUUUCAUCUGUCUGCCUGCUCUCUUGCCUGCUCUCUUGCCUGCUCACUUGCCUGCUCACUUGCCUGGUCUCUUGCCUGCUCUCCUACCUGCUCUCUUGCCUGCUCUCUUGCGUGCUCUCUUGCGUGCUCUCUUGCAUGCUCUCUUGCGUGCUCUCUUGCGUGCUCUCGUACCUGCUCUCGUGCCUGCCUCUCUUGCUUGCUCUUGUGCUUGCUCUCUUGCCUUCUCUCUUGCCUGCUCUCUUGCCUGCUCUCUUGCCUGCUCUCUUCCCUUCUCUCUUGCCUGCUCUCUUGCCUGCUCUCUUGCCUGCUCUCUUGCCUUCUCUCUUGCCUGCUCUCUUGCCGUGGGACCGCCCCCAACCGGUGGUGUCGGAGGAGCAGAUAGAGGCGAAGCACACCACCCGCACGGGCAAGGUGGUGGUUGUAGCGGGCGGCAACAGGAAGCGGUCCACUCGGCAGAAUGCAGGCAGCGCUUUGGACUGCUACUGCACCAGCCACACAGGGGCCAAAGACGUGGAGUCCCAGGCCGAGUCCACCGAGGGCAAGCACGACAUGGUGCUGCCAUUUGCGCCUCACUCGCUCUCCUUCCACAACCUGCUGCGCAAAGUGUCGGCCGCGUUCUGCCCCGGGGUGCUGACAGCGCUGGUGGGCGUGUCGGGCGUAGGCAAGACGACGCUCAUGGACGUGCUUGCAGGGAGGAAGACCGGGGGGUACAUCGAGGGGGACGUGCGCGUGUCAGGGUUCCCCAAGGUGCACGAGACGUUUGCUCACGUGGCGGGGUACUGCGAGCAGAGAGAAAUUCACACACCGCAGGUGACGGUGCACGAGAGCCUGCUCUUCUCCGCGUGGCUGCGCCUGCUGGUUGAUGUUGACAAGGAAGUCAGAGAGGAGUUUGUGGAGGAGGUGAUGGAGCUGGUGGAGCUUGAUAGUCUGCGCGACGCCAUGGUGGGGUUGCCGGGGGUCAAUGGGCUCUCCACGGAGCAGCGCAAGCACCUCACCAUCGCCGUCGAGCUCUGA